AUGGCUACCUUGCCAAGUAGUAAAUCAACCAGCAAAGUUGCAUUGACAACUAAUGUGGAAGAAACUUCAAAGGAACAGCAAUUUCAGGAAAUUGAGAAACUUCAAGAUUUAGGAAUUAAUGCGGCAGACAUAAACAAACUUAAGGGAAGUGGAUAUUGCACAAUUUUAUCUUUAAUCCAAACAACAAAAAAAGAAUUAUGUAAUGUUAAAGGAAUAUCUGAAGUUAAAGUUGAUAAAAUAUUAGAGGUAGCUUCAAAAAUAGAAAAUUGUUCAGUAUUUAUUACGGGUAAUCAGCUAGUUCAAAAGAGAAGUAAGGUAUUAAAGAUUACAACUGGAAGUUCAGUUUUGGAUAAAACAUUAGGUGGUGGAAUUGAAAGUAUGGCAAUUACUGAAUUAUUUGGAGAAAAUCGUUGUGGCAAAACUCAAGUAUGUCACACUUUAGCUGUUACUGCUCAAUUGCCAAAGAAUAUGAACGGGGGUAAUGGAAAGGUUUGCUAUAUAGAUACUGAAGGAACAUUUAGACCAGAAAAGAUAUGUAAGAUUGCUCAAAGGUUUGGAUUAAAUAGUGAAGAUGUGCUAGAUAAUAUUUUAUAUGCUAGAGCUUUUACACACGAGCAUUUAUAUCAAUUACUAGCCACGUCAGCAGCGAAGAUGUGCGAAGAGCCAUUUUCCCUGCUUGUUGUCGACUCUAUAAUAUCUCUUUUUCGAGUGGAUUUUAGUGGGAGAGGUGAGCUGUCUGAAAGACAACAGAAAUUAAAUAAAAUAAUGUCCAUAUUGUCAAAACUUGGAGAACAAUUUAACAUAGCAGUUAUGAUUACAAAUCAAGUUAUGUCGGAUCCCGGGGCAACUAUGACAUUUAUUGCUAAUCCGAUGAAGCCAGUUGGGGGUCAUGUAAUUGGACAUGCAUCUACAACAAGGUUGUCACUAAGGAAAGGAAAAGGGGAUCAACGAGUUUGCAAAGUUUAUGAUGCCCCGAACCUUCCCGAAACCGAAUGCAUUUUUCAAUUGUCGGACGGAGGGGUCAUAGAUGCAUUAGACUAG